UGAGCACGUAGCUGCACGCACCAGCCUAUGGAGAAUUGUUUGGGAAUUUGAUAAGCCAUAUUAGAAAAACAAUUUGGAAGCAUUUAUGAGUGCAUAGAUAUGAAAGCAUUUGGUGAGAUGAUGUUUGAUUAACCUGAUCUUUUGACUAUUUACAGAGGUGUCUUUCCUGCUGUUGAAAUGGCAAGGGACGUGGCAGCAGUUUGGGACAUAGAGUUAAGUGAUGGGGCUUACCGGAUUGAAUUUGAACAUGGAACAACAACUGGAAAACGUGUUAUUUACAUUAAUGGAAAGGAGGUGAUGAGAAAAGACUGGAUGUUCAAACUAGUGGGCAAAGAAACAUUCACUGUUGGAGUGUUGGAGACGAAAGCCACCAUAAAUGUAGAGGCCAUCAGUGGUUUUGCCUAUGAAUAUGCUUUAGAAAUCAAUGGAAAGAACUACAAAACGUUCAUGGACAAUCGCUCCAAAAUAAGUAAAACCUGGACUCUGAAGCUGGAUGGUAUGGACUACCGAAUAGUACUGGAGAAAGACACCAUGGAUGUCUGGUGCAAUGGAGAAAGAAUGGAAACAAUGGGGGAAUUUGCAGAUGAUGGCACAGAAACACACUUCGCAGUGGCAAACCACAGCUGCUGUAUAAAGGCCCUUAGUAGUGGGCGAAAGAGGACUGGCAUCAUACACCUGCUUCUGGUGGACGGACAGCGUGUACCCGAGUUCAUGCAGUGAGCAGGACUGAUUCUAAAUGGAACUUCACUCAAACAUCAUAAAUGGAUGACCAGUUGGAGCAGUUUUUAUGGCACAGAGCUCUCAGUUCAGCUAACUGAUAGCCAGCUGAUGUCAGAUACUGAUGUGCUUGAAGUAUAGACAUUGUUUGUUUAUUUAUUUUUUGUCAUUUGUCAACAUGUUUUCAAAUGGCAAGCUAUGAUUGGUAACGGAUAUAUGGUUAAUGAUGAGCCAUCCAGAUCUGUUCAGUUUGAUUAGUCUUUGCAGUAGGCUAUUGUUAAUGGUGGUGUAGCCUACAUGGUGUA